AUCGAAGACCUGCAGACGGCUCCACUCCAUGACUACAGAUUCAGUCAGUCAAGUAUCAUGUUACCUCACAAAGACCACUAUUCUACUCUCGCGGCCUUGCCUGGCCCCAGUAAAAGCGGGAUGAAUUUGACAACAUCCUGACCAAACUUCAGCGCUUUGGUUUCUACAAAGAUCCUGGAAACAUGGCUCCAUUGAAGGCAUUAACGACGGUAUUUGUCUUCGGAUUGCUUCUCGCAAGAAUACGCGCCCAGUAUGUCUGCCCGAAAGUCACCAAAUAUGGUGCAGAAUGCCCACUGGACGUUGACAAUGAAUGUGAAUCAGACCAGGCAUGUUCCGCUGGCCUCAAAUGCUGUCCUUCCAUAUUUGAUGAUGAAGCUUGUCAACUGCUCUGCUUAGAACCUGAACCUCAAACCACUUGCCCUGUUUCUGUGGACUUCGCCUUCAUUUUGGACGGCUCAGGAAGUAUCUCCAAGAAAAACUGGGGUCGAAUUAAGGAGUUUGUCAAACGCAUAGUGGACGCGUUCGACGUUUCUCCAGACGGCACCCACUUUGCACUGCUCGAGUACAGUACAGACCCUAAAGUUUACCUCAGAUUUAACGAUUUCGCCGAUGCACAGCUCAAUGGUGUGAAUGUCAAGCGAAAGGUGGAAGAAAUCUUACAAUCGAAAGGAAAAACAUUCAUUGAUAAAGCUUUGGAGUUAGCAAAUCAGGAAAUUUUCACUACAGAAGGUGGCAUGAGACCAGAUGUCAAACAGAUUGCUCUGGUGGUCACAGACGGUACCCAGACCCCUGAGCCCAGUCCAGUAGCAUCAGAAGAAAACCUUAUUGCUGCAGCCGAGAAGUUGCAUAAGAAAGGAAUUGAUGUAAUUACGCUCGGCAUCGGAAAGAACGUCAACCCCUUCCAGCUGCUAAACAUAGCAUCUGAUGAAGACAACUUAUACUCAGCAGAAGUCUUUGAAGAAAUCUUGACUAAUGUCGUAGGAGAACUGACCAGGCGAGAGUGCCUAGCUUGUUCUGAGCCGGUUGAUGUAGUAUUUGGAAUCCCAACUUCCCGAUCUAUUCCUGCGGACCAGUUUGAGAAUAUGAAGUAUUUCGUGAAUCAAACGAUCGAUUCAUUCGAUGUGGGUCCCUUGAAAGUACAUGUUGGUCUUAUUACGUACAGUUCCUCCGCGCAGACAACCUUGGCCAUCAACCAACUGAAUUCAAAAGAGGUCCUUGAAUCCUUUACGUCUAGUCUGAGUCAACAAGGGAAUAGUGCCAACGUGGUCUCUGCACUGGAUGAAGCCUACGGCAGUACCUUCACCAUGUAUGGCGGUGUAAGACAGUCCAAACCUAAGGUGUUUGUACUUAUUGUCCCAGAGGGUUCAGUUGGUGGUCAACAGGAGGUACUACAAGGCGCAGCGAGGCUUAAGAGCCUUGGAGUAAGGUUGCUUACUGUUGGAGUCGGGCAAAACAUUGACCAAAACCUUUAUGCGCUUGCGUCAACUCAGCCCUCUUCAAAGUUCUUCUAUGGCGUUCCAGAUCACAAGGAACUGAUCGGGAAAAGCAGGGAUGUUGCUGAUGUGCUUUGCAAAGGCAAAGUUGGCAAAUGUCCCCUACCCCCUCUACUGCCUCCACUGGGCUGUCCAAGAACCCUCAAGGAAGAAUGUGAAGUCGAUGCAGAUUGUAACUCGGGUGGGGGGUCCCCACUGUGUUGCCCGAACGGCUGUGGUGGACGGCAAUGUCUGGGGCAAAUCAGAAAUUGCUUUGUUCCAAUGGAUGUUGCCAUUGCGGUGGACAAUUCCGACGCCACAACCAGCAGCGAAUUCAACAACGUGAAACGAUUUCUGAAGCAAUUCAUCAACCAACUUGCAAGUUCGGAGGUUCGGUUUUCCUUACUUGAAUAUGGCAACACUGCAAAUGUAAUUACAGAUUUUCGCAGAUUUCGCGACCAAAUUUAUCUGGAAAACCUCAUAGACAAUAUAGCUAAACGCAAUGACUCUGAACGCAGAGUGGACGCUGCUCUGAACACGACCAAAGAGGAGAUUUUCAGCUUGGCAGGAGGAAUUAGACAUGGACAUCCACGAUACCUUGUCUUCGUAAGCUCCGGUGGCCCAACUGCGGAGUUCAAAGUUCUGGAGGGUGCUGGAAAAAAACUACGUGAUUUGGGCGUGACCUUUGUUGCCAUAGGAACAAAUAGGGGCGUCCCAGGGGCUUUUAUUCAAAAGCUAGCAGGCGACAGUCGUUUCAUCUACAGAGCCGCGGAGCCGAGUCAAUUGGGUGCCAUAGUGUUAGAAGAUUUGUCGCGAAAAAUGUGUACAGAGAAGCCUGGAAAAUGUCCAGCAGUUGACGCGACCCCAGACCCACUUGCGUGCCAAGUGGAGCAGCCAGACCCGGAAGAGACCAUAGUCUGUGGCUUGUCGGCAAACGGAAGUGGAUUCUCGGAAAAUUAUGAUUGGGACUGUCCUGGGGAGACGAAGUGCUGUUUGGAUCCGCAAACCGGCUGCUUUCAAGUUUGCCUCGAGCCACAGAAUGUUUGCAGCAAACAAUUUGAUCUGACGAUAGCGAUAGAAAAUUCAGCUCGAAUUGGCGAAGAACAGUUUGAGCAAGUAAAAGACUUCAGCAAGCAGUUCAUCAAUGCUUUUGAUAUCCGCGAGGGAGGGACGCAUGUGGCGAUUGUUAGCUAUGGAACCACGCCAGUUGUUCAUACUCGGCUUGAUUCCUACAGUGGCUCUGUGCUCAAUAAACGAACAAUCACGGAUGAAAUCGACAAGAUUGCCUUGGAGAGUGGGAAUGCUGUGAUAACAAACACUGCAUUGACAGAGGUGUUCAAGACAGUUUAUGGUGACGGAAAUGGGGCACGGAAUGGAACCAAUAAGACAGUCGUUCUUAUAACUGCGGGAAAUCUGUCGGACCCCAUGGCGGCUGUCGAUGCCGCUAUCGAUAUCAGAGCCAUGCCUGCUGACUUGUUUGUGAUAGCGAUCGGUGAAGACCCGGAUUUGGACACUCUUGUUCAAAUGGUGUCGCCACCAGCUGAAAACAACGUGUUUUUGGCGACCACCUCUGGCGGCUUACGACCCAGCUUGCGGGCAAUUACGGACACAGUCUGUGAAGGAGCUGAGAAAAUGUCAACGAUCAUUGGACCACCUGGUGAUCCCGGACCCGCUGGUUCCCCUGGUCCAGAGGGACCAACCGGACCAAGAGGCGAUCCAGGGGACCCCGGAGAGCCGGGAGAAGCCGGAGAAUCAGGGCCUCCCGGACCUCCGGGACCACCGGGACCACCGGGUGGAGGAGGAGGGGGAAACAUAGGUUCGCUGAGGCCCCAGGGGGAGAAAGGACCUGCAAAUGUAAGGUUUAAUGAGAAAGGUCCCGCUGUGCCGCCUGUGGUCCUUCCUAGACAACAACAACAAGCUAGACAGGGACCCCCAGGUCGUCCUGGAAUGCCUGGUCCGCGGGGACCUCGAGGUCCCCCAGGUAUCCCAGGGAAUCGAGGCCGCAUAGGAGUCAGAGGAUCUAAGGGCCAAGUUGGUUUGAUAGGACCAGUUGGUCGGCCGGGAAGACGUGGAAAAGAAGGGGCACCAGGAAAAAGAGGAAAUCCCGGCAUUCUUGGAGAGCCUGGAGAGAAAGGCCAGUCAGGUGACUCUGGAGAGGAGGGGCACUCAGGCCUCAAAGGACAUAAAGGUCGUCGCGGUCGAACUGGUCCGAGAGGAGAACGGGGAGAGGAAGGAGAGUCGGGAAUGCGAGGUCUAAAUGGCGCUCCAGGAACCAACGGGAAACCCGGAAACAAGGGGCCUCAUGGAAUUAUGGGAAAACAAGGAAGCACGGGAUCUCCUGGUUCUUCUGGAGCUAAAGGUGUGGAAGGCGAGGAAGGUGACCAGGGCGCCGCUGGUAAGCCAGGCUCUCCGGGUAUUCCAGGAGUUGUGGGACAGAAAGGAGAAAGCGGGACGCCUGGUUUGGUCGGAUAUACGGGCUACCAAGGCGACAGCGGUGAUACAGGACCUAUGGGGCUGAAGGGGACGGCGGGAAGUGAUGGAGAGAUUGGAGAACAGGGACCAAUUGGAGGAAAAGGUUCCAUCGGCGAUAACGGAUCUCCCGGAGAAAUGGGCGCACAAGGACUCGAAGGUCGGGGAGGUAGCACUGGUACCGAGGGACCCAUCGGAUACCAAGGAUCCACGGGAAAUCCAGGGAUUCCAGGCAAGAGAGGAGAAAUUGGUGCAAAAGGAAAACCGGGUAACAAUGGGACACGUGGAUCACGUGGAAGGCCUGGACCUCGAGGGAAAAGGGGAGCUCACGGUGACACUGGCCCCAAAGGCACCAUGGGUAUUAUCGGUUCAAGGGGACCAGCUGGAUCGCAAGGGCUCCUGGGAUCACCUGGGGAACGUGGUGUAAAGGGAGUGCCUGGAAUAAAUGGACCACCAGGUUAUUCGGGAAGACAAGGUGAAAGGGGAGACAUGGGAGAUUAUGGACCUCGUGGUGUUAAGGGAGAACAGGGGCCGCAAGGGUUGGCUGGAAGAACGGGUCGAUCUGGUUCACCCGGUUUACAUGGCGAGGAAGGAGAUUCUGGCAAACUUGGUGAAGACGGUCCUAUGGGAGCCCCUGGAAGCGCAGGUACACCGGGUCCAGUUGGAACCGAAGGCGAGAAGGGAAAACCUGGAGAUGCUGGAGAACAGGGAGAGACAGGACCCGAGGGACCGAAGGGAGCUCUAGGGCUAAGUGGAACAGUAGGCGCACCUGGAGUAGCUGGUCAGCAGGGGUCCAGUGGUCCAGUUGGUGAGGCAGGUGACACUGGAUCACCCGGGGAAGAGGGGUUACCAGGCUUCCCCGGGUCAAAAGGAGAAGACGGAAGUCUUGGGGCAAAGGGUUCUAAAGGUGACGAUGGCUUGAAUGGUGUUCCGGGAAGUCAGGGACCAAUGGGAAAAUCUGGAGUCAAAGGAACAAAUGGAAAAGUUGGUGUACCCGGGGCCUCGGGUGAACGCGGUGACCAGGGAAAAUCUGGACGAAUCGGAGUGCCUGGUCUGAUGGGUCAGCCUGGAAUUCUGGGUCCUAUAGGACGUGUAGGUUCCAGAGGUCCUCCUGGUCAUUCAGGCGACGGAGGCUCCAAGGGUGAAAUGGGUAUCAGAGGCCCCCAUGGCAAGCGAGGGAAACGAGGAUCAAACGGACGAUCAGGAGAGGAUGGUUUUCCGGGAUCACGUGGCGACAGAGGAAGCAGAGGAGAAAAAGGAGUGACCGGUGAAGGUGGUUUGCCAGGAUUGCCAGGGAGUAAUGGCAACUUGGGUCCGCGUGGGGAUAGUGGGGACCAAGGUGGUCCCGGAUUUGAAGGACCCGAGGGAAAUGCUGGACCUGUUGGUAAUCAAGGACGACUGGGGAAUCCAGGAAUAAAAGGAUCGCUAGGCGAGGAAGGACUAACGGGACCUGCAGGUGAACAAGGCACCCAGGGCGCUCCUGGUUAUCAGGGUACAAAUGGAGCAUUGGGAGACCGAGGGCCACCGGGAGACACCGGAGCGCCAGGUGGUAUGGGGUCUCCAGGGGCCACAGGACCAUCGGGAGAGUUAGGAGGUGCAGGAAUACCAGGACUGAAUGGUAAACCAGGACAAGCGGGGUCAUUUGGUAACCAAGGGAUGCCAGGAAGCAGCGGAGAAGAUGGAAUCCCGGGUCUUCUCGGACGUGAUGGUGUACCAGGAAGUACAGGAGACGGCGGUCCUCAGGGUAAACAAGGCGAAAGUGGGCCUAACGGACCACCUGGGCGGACAGGGCAAAUGGGCCUACAUGGAUUGAUGGGCCUCAAGGGAAUCAUUGGUGAGGUUGGCUCUAAGGGUGACUCGGGAGAUCCUGGUGCAAGCGGAAAAGAUGGAGCCACAGGGAAGCAGGGGGAGGCUGGAAGGCCAGGUCAAAGAGGUUCACCCGGAGACAGAGGAAGAGAAGGAACCAUAGGAUCUGCAGGACCCGUCGGAAACCCUGGACGUGAUGGAUUCAAGGGUGUGGCGGGAGAAGCAGGUGCUCAGGGAACAACUGGGCAGCCUGGCCUUCCUGGCAUUUCCGGGUCCACAGGGACGAGGGGAGUCCCUGGACCGAGUGGCGUGGACGGAGGAAGAGGAGAGUCAGGCGGUUCGGGACUCGAGGGAUUAGCCGGUGAAGCAGGAGAUGCCGGUGAACCUGGAGAAAAUGGAGAAACUGGAGCACUUGGAAAUAAGGGAGAGCGCGGUGUUCCUGGUCAGCAGGGUCCCUCAGGGAAACCAGGCUUGAAGGGACCAGAAGGGUCUGUUGGGCAGAAAGGAGGACUGGGUCGAACCGGUCCAAGGGGUGAAGAUGGAGCACAGGGACGAGCUGGUAUACAAGGCUCUCAAGGUUCACUGGGAAUUGACGGUCUGAAAGGUUUUCAAGGAGAAAGGGGAGAUGUUGGCCACAGGGGACCUGAAGGAGAACGGGGUAUGUCUGGACCUCCUGGACCCCCGGGACCCCCGGCAGACAUAAGAUCUCUCAGUGGCUAUGUUCAGCGCUUGAAUAACAGAGGCACUGGCUCUCUCAACGUUGAAAACGAAAAAGCAAAGCUGUAUAGAGGCUCUAAAGAUCAGAGCGGGGAGGCUUUAAUAGAUCCAGUUAAACUUACUUUAGCUUUGAUGCAUUACGAAGUUAAACUUUACAAGCAGCCUAAUGGCACCAAAGAAUUUCCAGCCCGAACGUGUAGAGACCUCGUCACGUGGUAUCCAGGUCUUAUCAGCGGUGACUUUUGGAUUGACCCAAACGAUGGCGUGCCUGAUGAUGCUGUAAAAGUUCACUGUGACUUCUCCUUCAACGCAACCUGUUUGUACGCCAACAAUGAAAAAAAGCCAUUCACGAUCAGAAAAAAGAAAUGGUUCUCAGGAACUGAUGAAUACAAAUGGCUUGGAGAAGAUCUUGGCGCCUUUAACAAGAUCAAGUACGUCAAGUACUCCAGUCAACUCUCAUUUCUCCGCCUGCUAAGUGACCGCGCCCGCCAGAAUAUCACCUACCAUUGCAAAGACUCUGUAGCCUGGUAUGACCAAGAGCUUGAUGACGUCACAAAGUCAUUGAAAAUCAAGACUGAUAAUGGCGUGAUUAUACACUCAAGUUCGUCUAACAAGUUCAAGCCCAGUGUACUCGCGGACAAUUGUCGAGUUAAGAACGGCACGUGGCUUUACACCAUUAUUCAAGUGGACACGCCCAAACCAAACCGACUUCCAAUACGAGAUGUAGCUGCCUACGACAUCGGAGACGAAAACGAAGAAUUUGGACUCGAAAUUGGACCUGUUUGCUUUUAUUAGUCUUCUUAUUCUCUCUUUUAUCUUCUUUUAUCGUCCCGCUCAAGUAAACCCAAGGAAUUUGUACCAUAUGUUUUAACUUAUUGUUUGGACUGCUUAAAUAAUAGUUGUAUUUGCUAAUUAUAAUUGAGUUAAUUCUUCACCUGUUGUUUGAGUCAUUACAAGUCUAUUUAAGCAGUAGACCGCACUUUCUGUUGGUUUACCGGCGUUAUAACUCAGGCAAGACGUUGGGAGAACACGAGCAAAGUUUGUAAAUUAAGAGCCGGAGCCGAGUGAUUUACAAACUCUUCGAGUAUUACGCCGGUAAACCAAAAGGAAGUGCGGCCAAACGCUUUUACGAAAUAACCUUCAAUUUCCUAUGGGUUUACCAGUGUAAUAAACGAUAGGUUUUAACCAGUCAGGGCGCUCCCUUGUUUCUCAGUUAUUUUGUAAAACGCAUUAAUACUUUUUCCGUGGCAAACCCUACUAUUACAAUACAUGUUUCAUCGGUUCUAUCCAUGUCAGUGCUUCGAAAACGACUAGCUUUGAAAAGAUUUGAUGUUCAAAGUUAUGUAUUUAAAUCUCAGUGAGAAAAGUGCUAGACUUUGCCUCGCGUUCCGGAGGUAAUUUUCACCCCAGUGACAUUAAUGAGCAAAGUGUCUAGGGAAGUUUUGGAAUUGAUCAAAGAACACUGGUGUGGUUACAAUGCAAAUAUUUCGAACCCCAUUCACAGGUUAGUGAUUUUCAGACCCUGCUGUAACGUCAAUCACAAAUAAGCUAACUCUUUGAUCCCUCUGAGUAACUGGAAUUACACAGGAAUUACACAAGUAAAGUCAAAGGAAUUAAGGAAAUGAUCACUGACUUAACAAGCUCUUGAUUUUUAAGCGAAUUUUUCGUGUCAGCACCUUUGAAAAGUUAUAGAGAACAGUGUGGAUAAUAUGCAUAAUGAUGUUUAAUUGUAACGGGUUACAGCAGUGCUCUCACAAGAGCAAGUGGUUGUUUUCAAAUUGUGCCUGUAAUAAAGAUGCGCUUUUUUAAUUUUCUCAUCUCACGAAAGGCCAAGCUCAUGGCUCUUAUAAAAUUACCCCUUUGUGUAGUCUACUACCACAAGCAAACCUCUUUGCAAUGUUAACAGUGUGAAGUGUAGUUUUAAUGUUAUUGUUGCAAUGACGAGUAAGCUAUUGCAAGCACUCUGUUGCGCAUAAUCCUAGAAAAGCAACAAAUAAAAAAUAAAAAAUAAAAAAAUACUAAAUGUGUUACUGGGCCACUUUUCUGCCCAACCCUAAGCCAUAUUUUCUGAGCUGAAACGAGCAUGGCAUGCCCCCUUCCCCAAAUGUGUUUUUUAGGGGUGUUACAGUGAUGUAUAGCAGGUUAAAUGCAAUACAAUAAUAAAAUUAACUGAUUGCACCAACAAUAACCAGUUUUCCUUUCAAUGUUGGCUUCUUU